GAGGGAAUAUAAGAGGUUUCCCGCCAUAGAUAUAUAGGUGUAGUAAUUGUGUAUCGGGUAGCGCUAAAUACUAAUGUGCAAACGAAAAGUGAUUGUACUACUAGAUAGAGUGAAAAACGCAAUUUGGUAAUGUUUUCAAUGAAACCGCAUCAAUUUCAGAAAUCAACAAAGUCGCGAGAAACGGUGGAGUAUGACCUCUCAAAGGCUGGAGGAGAUCAUUGCACAGUUGCUGAAGCCUAUCAGAGACUACCGUCGCAGCUUCGACACAGAUCAAAGCACGUUAUUGGAGGAGUACCUGACGGAGGUGGGAUUGCAUGCUCUGGAUGGAGAACAGGAAGACAUAAGUGUGAUCCCAAACUUUGCAGAAGUAGCACUUUUGCUGGAGCACUCGGCCACCCACUACAGCAAGAAGGUGGACUGUCUUUAUCAGCAAGUACUCAAUGUCAGCGAAAAUCUCAAUAAUGAUAUUUUGGACGAAGUGGAUCACAAUGAUGCGGAUCAAGCCGGACCAAGCGGAUCCGGAGAUCGGGGAAGAGAGCGACGGUUAGACAGGCGCGAGGAGUUCGAGCUGAUCCACGUGGAGGAGAGUGCGGCGGCCACCCGGAGGGAUGUUCCCGGACGGCCGCCUCCCACCCUGCCGCGCCUCUACAUCGAGCUGGAGCCGCGCCAGCUCACCGAAUACGACUCGCAGCUGGUGGACUACGACGGGGAACCCAUUGGUCUGCUCACCGAUUAUCAUCUGGGAUGGAGGCUGCAGAAUGGUCUGCUCAUUGAAGAGUUAGAUGAUGGCACCAGAACAGAGACAGAUUGUAUAGAUGGACCAAUAAGAGACGACAAAAUAAAUGUUGAGAUGCCAGACGAACAUAUCAUAGAUGGUACAAUUAAAGAUGAACACAUCAUAGAUAGUACAAAACAAGACGAAAAUAUCAUAGAUAGUACAAAACAAGACGAACAUAAUAUUACAGAUAGCACUGUGCUAGACGCUGAUACCACAGCUGGGACCGUGCAAGUUACAGAUACGACCGAUGGCAUCUUGCAAGACUCUGAGAGUCCAGAGUUGAGCUUGUUGUUGUCACCCCGGCCGCUAUCCGCCCCGCUUCCCUCACCGCUCAUGGGUGAUGAAUUCCCCGCCCCGUUAAGAUUCUCCACCCCUCUGCCUCCAUUACGCAAGACUGGACGGAAGAGAAAAUUGGACAUGUCCUCCAUAGCGGAAGGAUUUCUGACCAAAUUGCUUGAUUCGCCAGCGAGGCAGUUGGCGCGAUGGCGUGAGUUCGAGGUGCCUCGCGCGUGGCUGGAGCGGGUGGUGAGUCGGCGCUGCGGGAUCGUGCGCGCCGAGCGACAGCUGCAGGCGCGGCUGAGGAGCGGCGUGCCCUCGGAGUUCAGAGGAUUCGACGGUCAUAAAGAGGACAUAGGAGGUUUCCACGGUUGGAGCGAGACGGAGGCUUUGAGCUGCCUGCAGCAGCGCGCCAUCGAGGUCGAGCGCGUACGACGGGUCACAGAACAUCUCGAGCACACCAUCGAAGACGACGGCUUCCACGAUGACACCUCCUGCACGGACAGCGAGCCCGCGCCCGCGCUCAUGCCCGCGCCGCAGGCGGGCGAGGUAGAGGCGGGGCCGGAAGGCGAGGUAGCGGCGAGGCUGGAAGCCAAGGUAGCGGCGGAGCCGGAGGACGAGGAAGCGGCCGGGCUGAUGACGUGGUGCGCCGGCGUGGUGUCGCGCUGCCAGCCGCACGAGCUGGACAUGCGCGCCGCCACGGCCGACCUACUGGCGCGCGUGACCACGCCGCUCGUGCACGUGGACCAGCUGCUGCGCUCGCAGCCGCGCGCCGCGCCCGCCCGCCUGCUGCUGGCCACGCUCUGUCUGGUCAAUAGCGGCGAGCUGGAGAUCGUGGAGGGCGCGCCGCUCUCGCUCAACUCGUUUAGCGUGCGGCGGCCAGCCCCGGACGCUUCGCCCGCCGCCUGCUCCUCCUCAACACAUACAGAUCGCAACAAAUGACAAUCUCGGAAUCACUCCUGCUAGGUUUACUUGUUCACUAUUUAUGUAUAUUGUAUGAUAUUUAGUGACUAUAAUUACCUUAUACUAAACCUGCUCGGAAAUUGCCCGUGUUGACGUGUCAACGGGGGUGAAAGUGUGUCAUUUCCAUUUCAGCCGGAAGACGUCCACUGUUGGACAAAGGCCUCCCCCAAAGAUAGCAUGGCGAUCGGUCCUGCAAUACCCCAUCCACCCUACUCCGGUGAUCUUGAACAGAUCGUCGGUCCACCUUUCGGGGGGCCUACCAACACAACAUCUUCCGGUACGUGGUCGCCAUUCGAGCGCCCCAACGGCCAUCUGUCCGUCGAGCUAUGAGCCCUGCUCACUGCCACUUCAGUUACGCAACCAUUUGGGCUAUGUCGGUGACUUUGGUUCUCCUACGGAUCUCCUUAUUUCUGAUUCGAUCUCGCAGGGAAACUCCGAGCAUAGCAGUUCCCAGGUGGUCAGAGGGCAACCAACAAUGAGCUUUCUCAUAAGGCUGAUAGUUAGCGACCACGUCUGCGUUCCGUAUGUUAUCUCUGCUUAAAAACCUUCGCCUUCAGACACUAUGGUGUUUUGGAAGAGAACAUUUUACGAACGCUGCCCUUCCGAGUUGGAUUCGACGAGUUACUUCUUUCCCGAAAUUGGACCUGCCCAACUGGAUUAUAUGUCCAAGGUAGACAUACUCGUCAACAUUUAACAUUUUCGAGAGUAUAGUUCCCAACUAUUACGGGAGCAGGUGCGACAUAGACAUUAGACAUUAUCAUGAUUCAUGAUAACCCUAGCAAAAAGCUUAUAUACAUGGCUCAGAAGUCAUAAGGGCCUAAAGUUCUUUAAAAGCUUUUUAUUGCCGUUUUUGAAGAAUACCACCACUAUACCUCUGUUACAUGAUAGCGGCGUUUUGCCCUCGAAGAUGACAGAAUUUUUGGGCUUUUGGGUCAGCCUUGUUGGUAAAAGGUGUCCAUGCAGUCGUGUAUAACUGUCCUUAGAACUUCUCGACUUCUUCCAGAGUUCGGGCUUAGAUGAAAACGACCCUACCGUCACCGGUCUUCAGCUUCGUCAGUUGGCUCUGCCCCAUAGUCAAAUCUCGUGCGAACAUUUUGGAGCCUUUGGUAUGCUCUAUGUCCGCCUUCACACAAUCUGUGUUAUGGCGGCUUAUAUCGCGAGUCAAUGACUUGGAGAUCUGUCUAUUUAGCUGCAUAUACUGGGAAACAUCGUCCAGGGACUAAAGGGUCAUUUGGUGUCUUAGAUCCAUCAAUUUGAGGAUAGCUAUAGAUAGGAUAGUUGGCCUUAAAGAACUUAGAGCCUACCAUUUAAGCAGUUGCCACGAACGACCGCAAUGUCUUGACAUUAUUUGUUGCCAGGGCCAUGUUCUUCAUUGGUAGUGCGUCAUUUAUUACGAACAAAUUUGCGGCCGAUAAAGUUGCAUAGGAAUCCGAAUUAGUGGCCGUGGUUCACUAAAAAAUUGGGUAAAUCCAUUUCUAAUACGUUUCCCAUUUGUUAUUUAUUUUGCUAUUGAGUGUUUUGAUUAAAACGACACUGGUUACAAUUUAUAAAACAAUGUUAUAAGCUAUCUGUAUAACAGAUAACAAUAAUUAUUAUACCAUUUCCACUUGUGACUUAGGUAUUAUUGUAAAUUAUUAUGGUGUAGCUUUUGAAUUGAAUCAUCGGGAGAAAGUUCGAUUCCACUACUCCAGUGUAAUAAGGCCCUCGACUUAGUCUCAUGCCUACUCAUAACAAAUCGAUAAGUUUCUUCCCUUGGUUAGGAGUACAAAAAUAAAGAUUUAUUAUAUUAGAAUAUUAGUGUCGGCAAAAUCAUGUUUCUUAUUUUCGUAUAUUAUGUAAAUAUAUAUAUAGAUAAUGAAUUAUGUGUAAAUAUACAGAAUUGUAAUGUACGUAUAAUUAAAGAUAAAAUGUAAAUAUAUGAUUGAAUCAAAGAGUAAUACUAGGAUUAUGAAUCUACUCGCGGCACCACUAAGCCAACCUUGUUAUUAAUAAAUGAAACCGUGCCAGAUUUGCUGUGUUUUAUUGGAGGAGGUGGUGAGUGAUGACUAGUGGUGACUGGCUGCAGGAUGAUCCUGUCAACCAACACUUGAACAUAAAAAUUAAAUUCAUACAAAAUGGUUCGGAACUUAUUUAUAGCGGAGUGUUCAAUAGUCUUAGGAAACCGUGUCAUGUUUUUAGAAUUAAAUGGCUUCACUUACAAUAUUUU